AUGAGAGCUCCCGGCGGAAGUAGCAACCUCCGUCGCCAACCCAAAGACUCCUCCUACUUUCCACCAACUCCCCUUAACACCCACCGUGACUCCGACGUCAGUUUAGCCAGUAGCCACCAAUCCUCCGUCGGAAUACCUUCGUUCGAUCCUUACAAAGACCGUUCGUACCAACAGAAUGCAACCGCAACCAUCAAUUCAUUCCUCUCCUCUCAGAAUUUCAAUGUCUCUUUCAAACCUUCUUCCUCUCCUUCCGCUAAAGACAUCCAUAAAACCCUAAUCUUCCUCGUCGGACUCCUCGAUUUCAAGAUAAACAAAAUCGAAGAUCUUCCACCACUUCUCAAAUUCUUGAGUUACCCUCACAAACUCAAUAAAUCUGUUCUCAAAUCCCCCGCUGCACCUCAUCAAUGGCCUUCCAUGCUCGCCCUCAUUCAUUGGCUUGUUCAGUCUUGUCAACUUAAUCUCUCUUUUUCUUCUACCUCCGACACCACCACUCUCCAAAACAACAACAUCUUCUUCCAAUAUAGUGUCGACGCAUAUCUCAAUUUCAUUAGAGGAGAUGACGAAGCCAUCUCCGAACUCGAGGAGGACAUCCACAGCAAGAUUCUCCAUGAGAAGUCUAACGCCCAGAAGAGGCUUGCUGCCACCGAACAAAAGGUCUCUGAAUUGGAGUCUGAAUUAGAGGGAUUGAGGUCUGCUCCCUCUCAGAAAGAUUCUCUUGAGAAAGAGAAGGAAAUGCUUGAAAGUGAUGUGAAUAAGUUUCACAAGAUUAUUGAGGAGUUUGGGUCGCGAAUUGAGUCGGCAGAGAGUGUUUUGGUGGAGAAGCAGAAACAGUUGGAUGCUAAGGCCGUGGAGAGGGAAAUGAUUUGUGAGGAAAAUAAAGACCUCAUGAGGAAGGUGGAGGCACAGCCUUUCAGUACUAGAGAUGUGGAGAGAAUGAAAAGAGAGUUGCAGGCUGCUGAGAGGGAUGCUGGAGAGGCUGAACUUGCUACAAAUGAUUGGGAGGAAAAGUGUUGGGAGCUUGACCGUAGUCUCGCAAAUAUGAUCAAAGAAUUAGAAGCUCUCACAAUAGAUUGCAACCAAGCCCUUAAGAGGUUGAAGAUUGGUAAUGACAUUCAAUAUGUGUUGAAUCCCAAGGGAACCACGCCUGCUGAGAUCAUGGGUAUUGAUUACAAAGUCACGCUGAAGCCUGCACUUAACUCAUUUGCGGAUGACAUCAAGAAAAGUACUGUGGUGAAAUUGGAAGAGGUGAUUGCUCUUCAGCAAAAGUCCAACGAAAAUGCUGCUAGGAUUGAGGGGAAAAGAAGUCAGCUUGUUGAACUGCAGUUGCACAUCGAUCAACUGGAAGCUCAAAUAGACACGAUAAAGAAGGAAACUCAGGACUACACUAGUAGGUGUACGGCUGAAGCUAAGAACAUGACGGAUGACAUCCAACAAACAGAUCAUGAUAUGAGUAUUAUGGAAAGAGAGUCAGCCGAGAUUUUAAAGGCAUCUGAAUUAAAAUUGGAGGAAACGAUGAGACAAUGUGAAGAAGAGAUUCAAAUGCAUGGUCGCGAACUCUUUAACGUGAUUGACUCAGUGACGAAAUACAAAGAACAGUUGGGAUCUAAAGUGUCAAAGAUUAAAAGGGAGCUGUUGGAAACUGUAACUGAAGUGGCAGAAAUAUAUAGAAAGGCAUUCCCAGAAAAAUAUAGUUAUAUAUUGGAGGCAUGCCGCCAAAUUGAGAAAAUUGAAUGA